UCCAUCCAUCCCCGUCACCAAUAAAACCCCCAACAACCCUAUCACCACAAAUCCCAUCAUCAACUAAAUUACUAUCGUUUUCUCUCCUACCCGCUCCUCAUCGAUUAACAUUAGCUCUAACCGCUAUGGCAAAGGAGAACGAGAAGUCGACCAAACUCGACAAAGGCAAAGGGAAGGCCGCAGAUACCCCCGAAAAGAAGGACGGCGAUGCCUUUAAGGAAGCACAGGAGAAGAAUGGGAAUGGAGUAAAGAAAGGAAAAAAAGAUGAACUCCAAGAAGAAGAGCUCUCGGAGGAAGACCAACAGCUGAAAUCAGAGCUGGAAAUGCUGGUCGAACGGUUAAAGGAACCCAAUGCCGAACUCUACAAACCUGCGUUGGAAGCUAUCAAAACCUUUAUCCGAACAUCGACUUCCUCCAUGACUGCUGUUCCCAAACCUUUGAAAUUUCUACGCCCCCAUUACAAGUCUCUUACAGAACUUUAUGAGCAAUGGCCGGAGGGCGAGAAUAAGGUUGCCAUGGCCGAUGUUCUUUCCGUUCUCGGGAUGACAUACGCAGACGAGAACCGACUGGAUUCGCUCAAAUAUAGACUGCUGGCCCCUAUGGAAGACCCCGGUUCGUGGGGUCACGAAUACGUCCGACAUUUGGCCUUGGAGAUCGGUGCAGAGUUCACUUCGCGCCAAGAAAGGGAAGAAGAUACACAAGACUUGACUGGCCUAACAAUGUCCCUCAUCCCGUUCUUUCUCAAGCACAAUGCAGAAGCGGAUGCUGUUGAUUUACUGUUAGAACUGGAGAUCAUCGACAAGCUUCCGCCUUUCUUGGACGAGAAUACCUAUCAGAGAGUAGGGCUAUAUAUGAUCAGUAUGGUGCCCCUUCUCUCCCCCCCCGAUGACAAGACAACUCUGGAGACAGCACAUUCCAUAUACCGCAAAUAUAAUAAGCUAGCCCAAGCCAUUACUCUUGCUAUUCGUCUUAACGAUGUAGACUUGAUAAGGGAGGAUCUUGAUGCCGCGGAGGAUCCCGUGCUCAAAAGACAGCUUGCCUUCCUUGUCGCUCGACAACAAAUCUCACUGGACACCCCAGAUCAGGACAUAAAUGAGGCACUCAACAAUACAAGGUUAUCGGAGCACUUUGCGGCUCUUGGGAAGGAGCUCAACAUCCUUGAUCCCAAGACCCCCGAAGACAUUUACAAAUCUCAUCUGGAGAAUUCCCGUGGCUCCGGAGGAAGUGUGGAUUCUGCUAAGCAGAAUCUUGCCAACAGCUUUGUAAACAGCUUUGUUAAUGCUGGAUUCGGAACAGACAAGCUGAUGUUGGUUGAGGAUGAGAGUAACAGCUGGGUUUACAAAAACAAAGAUUUGGGGAUGCUUAGCGCAACCGCAAGUAUUGGUAUGCUAUACCAGUGGAAUAUUGAUGGACUGGAUGUUAUCGACAAGUACAUGGAUCAAGAGCAAGAGGAGGAAAACAUCAAGGCUGGGGCUGCUCUUGCCAUUGGAAUUCUCAACUGUGGAGUUCGAAGCGAGACGGACCAUGCCAUGGCUCUUCUCUAUAACGAUGACUACCUUGAAAACAAGAGCGUUCCAAUUAGAGUGAGUGCGAUAAUGGGUCUUGGACUUGCCUACGCUGGAUCGCAGCGAGCCGAUUUCCUGGAACAACUUCUACCAAUUAUCGGUGAUUCCUCCAUCACGCUACAGGUCUCUGCCAUGGCCGCCUUGUCCCUUGGCCUGAUAUUUGUUGGGUCAAGCAAUGGCGAUAUUUCCAGUGCAAUUAUACAGACGUUGAUGGAGCGGGCAGAAGGGGACGAUCCUUCAUUGAAGGACAAAUGGGGCCGGUUCCUUGCGCUUGGCCUGGCACUUCUAUUUGUGGGGCGGCAAGACGAUGCGGAUGUCACGUUAGAAACUUUGAAGGCUAUUGAACACCCUACUUCCAAGCACGGUGGGGUUCUGGUGGAUGCUUGUGCUUAUGCUGGAACCGGCAACGUGCUAAAAUACCAAAGCAUGUUACACCUUUGCAACGAACAUAUUGACACCUCUGAAGACGAAAAGAAGGGAGAGGACCUGUUCCAGUCUUAUGCGGUAUUAGGAUUAGCACUCAUUGCUAUGGGAGAAGACGUUGGUGCUGAAAUGGCCUUAAGACAAUUCGGCCAUCUAAUGCACUACGGAGAUGGAAUUAUUCGUAAGACUGUUCCUCUAGCAAUGGGUCUCCUUAGCGCAUCAAACCCCCAGAUCAAGGUCUAUGACACUCUUUCUCGAUACUCACACGACAAUGAUAUCGACGUCGCGAUAAACGCGAUUUUUGCCAUGGGGUUGGUUGGUGCAGGAACAAAUAAUGCGCGUUUGGCACAACUUCUACGACAGUUGGCAAGCUACUACCACCGGGACCCCAACUCACUCUUCAUGGUCAGGAUAGCACAGGGUCUAUUGCACAUGGGCAAGGGAACUCUAAGUCUAAAUCCAUUCCACAACGACCGAAGUGUACUGAGCAGAGUCGCAACUGCUGGUUUACUAACGGUGUUGGUGAGCUUGAUUGAUGCUAAGAGUUUCAUCCUUGAGUCGUCACAUUACCUGUUGUACUACCUCGUCACAGCGAUGCACCCCCGUUUCCUGAUCACACUAGACGAGAACCUCCAGCCCUUGCCCGUAAACGUACGAGUCGGUCAAGCAGUGGACGUAGUUGGUCAAGCGGGCCGACCAAAAACUAUCACCGGCUGGCAAACACAGAACACACCAGUAUUGCUCGCAUACGGCGAGAGGGCGGAACUAGAAGAUGACGAAUAUAUCUCUCUGAGCAACAAUCUUGAGGGAUUAGUUAUUCUCAAGAAGGUCAGCAACAAUCCUUGACAUAUUCCCUAACUAUUAAAACCAAUUCUAACCCACAUUCCGCGAAAAUAGAAUCCCGAAUGGCAAGGAAGGGACUAGAAGGUUAAACGGAAUCUUGAUAGUAUAAAGUUUGGUUUGGGGAGGGUUCCAUUGUAGGUCCCCGGUGUAAAUUACCAAUGCAUGAUCAAUUACCCCCU